AUGACCCUGAUAGAAAGCGAUCUGCCUAUUGGCAUCUUAAUCAUGGUCUCAAAAAUCCCCGUCGACUGGCCAUGUCAGGGAGCUAUUGAGAUCUCAGGCAUGACUGCACAGUACAGUUCUGAAACAACAGUACUGAGCGACGUCUCUCUGAAGUGUUUGCCAGGUCAGAAAAUCGGUAUCUGCGGACGUACAGGGAGUGGGAAGAGCUCUUUACUAUCAACAUUAUUGGGCAUGCUCACCGUGACCCGCGGCUCGAUCGUUAUCGACAACAUUGACCUCGCUACCCUUCCCCAGGAUAUAGUCCGCGAAAGGCUCGUCACCAUUUCUCAAACACCACUCAUCAUGGUUGGUUGUACAGUUAGGUUCAAUGUAGAUCCCACCGAACGCCUCCCAGACACAGACAUCAUCACGGCUCUCAUCCGAGUCGGAAUCUGGGAUGGUGUGCUCCUCGAACGGGGGGGACUAGAUGCCGAGAUAAACGAUAAUCUAUCGCUAUCGCGAGGCGAGCAACAACUGCUACAAUUUGCUCGUGCCAUGCUGAAAGUACAAGCAAGGGAUUCUAGGAUCCUGUUGAUAGAUGAAGGUACCAGCAGCGUCGAUGUGGAAACUGAUGCUCGCGUGCAAGACCUUCUGCAACAGGAUCCCUUUCGUUCAUGCACGGUCCUUACGGUUGCCCAUCGUGUUCACAGUCUAUUGAGUUAUGAUCUGAUCGUCGGUUUAGAUCGGGGAAGGGUAGUCGAGAUAGAUGAGCCUAUGGUUCUCAGGGACCGGGAAGAUAGCAUCUUUAGGAACCUUCUCAAUAGUGGUGGGUACUAG